AUUCCGUGCAAGGUGUACUACAAGUGCUGCAGAUAGUCUAUGGUUUGAGCAGUCGUUUGGGUAAAAGGAUAUAGGUUUGUUCUUUGCAGCGUGCUCGAAUCUUAGAUAGUGCACAGUGCCAAGUGGCUUUCGGAAAAAAUGAUGCAGCAGAUGGACACAACCCGACGAUGCAACAUGAUGGCGGUUCCUCUGUGCCUGUUGCUGAUGUUGGGAACCGUCGAGCGGGUGUCGGCGUCACCGAAGUACUGCGGUAAGGCGUUCACCGAUGCGAUGAGCUUCAUAUGUGAUGAAUACCCUUCGAUGCACGAUGUAAACAAGAAAGCAGCUUCCUUCUUCCAGGACGCGUUCGAUCACAGCGGAACGGGACUCUCGUUCCCGAUACCGGCACGCUUCCGUCGGGUGUUCCAAGAUGCACAUCCGUGCUGUAGAUUAGGAUGUACAAUGCCCGAGCUAAUGUCCUACUGCAAGGUGGUAUCACCAGACGUUGCUAAAGCGUUGAAUACUGCUGAAUACUACGGUUAGGCCGAUGGAGUGGAUUGUGACCCAAAAAGGCCACAUGUACGAAAUUAGUUGUGUGUACUACUAUUAGAAUGAAAAUAUAUUUGUAGCUUUGCAGAACAGA